GUCCAGCCAAAGGCUGCCCGUGGUCCAGUUAAUUGCUCCACCCACUACAGAACUACUAAAGAGGCGUCGCAGUCAGACAAAGAAGAUGCUCAAGUGGGCCGUCAACCAGCCACGUCCCUCGUACUUGGCCAGGGAUGAGCUGAUGGCCGCCAGCGAAGUUGUGGGCUCCAGCUACAGUGAGUUCCACGCUUUGCGAGGCAAACUCAAGAGGAAGUCUCUGGGAGUUGCCCAGGGCAAGGAAAACCAGCUUACCUCCACACCGUUGCCAGCCAGCUCCUUGACUCUCAACACACGGACGCCGCUGCUCAAGGACUUGAGCAACAUCCUGGCCACACCACCAUCGGGAGGAGCUAGAGGAGUGCCUGCAGGAGCAGCAGCUACCCAAAAGUUCGCCUGCACCCUGCCCACCUUCGAGGCGGAGUACUCGCCCAAUGCCACCGUCAUUCCUGGCUCCAUGAUCGCCCUGCGUGGAGUGGGCAUCCCGGACAGCUACUUCGAGAAGCCACGCUACCUGGAGCAGAAGCCACUACCUCAUCCGCAUCCCGCUCCUCCUGCCGCAGAACAGAACACACUCAGCUCCAGCCAAAUGGGGGAUGUGACCCUGGAGCGCAUGAUCGAUGCCAUCUUGGAGAGCAAUCGAAAGGUGCUGCCCAAUCCCAGGCAGCAUCUCCGUCAGCCCAGACAGCAUCUCCGCCAGCGACACAGGCAGCAGGUGCUCCGGAAUAGCCACACCCACACGCAAACCCCCUCGCCCACCUACCGCCCUGCCUUCGAUCCGGCCAGUGAUCUGUGCGAGUACUGGAAGUCGCCUUCGCGGAGGGAUUCCCUGCCAGCUAAUGGCUUCGAGGAGCGGGAGGUGCGUUCUCCUGUGCCACUGACCUCCAAUGCCAUCCCAUCCCAGGGCAAACGGCACUCCCUGCAGUUGCGCAGACAGCGAGUGGUGCGACGCAAGCGCAAGAUCACCACCAAGAUCUCUUCUAGUGUCAGGCAAUCGGCACAAAAACUGCUGGCUGCUGCUAGGUCCGGAACCGCAGCAGCUUCUGCCCAGAAGAUACGACACAUUAGCCCGGACAGUGGCCACAAUUCCACCAGCGACUGUGAGCUGGAGGAGGAGCACUGCCAGCUGAACCAAGGAUUUGGUGGCGAAGAUCUAGAAGACGCUUGCCAGCUGGACGCCAUGUGGCUGCAAGUGCAGGCCAGAGAUGCGACCAAGAGACGCCUCAGCUUUUCCCUGGUGGAAAAUAGCUAAUCCUUAAGAAGAUUCCUAUUUUAUUUUAAGACAUUUUUUUUCAUAAUCCUAAGAACGUUU